CUUCCCGAUUGAAGUUUUAGCUGAAAUUUGGUAUGAGCAAACUAGACUUGAUUAAUAAGAUGCUCAAAAAAUUUCAUCAAAAAAAUCCACUGGGAACCACCCCAAAUGACGACGGUCGGACAGAACUUCCUAAAUAAGGGCUUAUUUGACCUUUUUUUGUUAGUACAUGGGCCUUUUUUUUUUUUUUUUUUUCUAAGAAGAAAAACUUUUAUUGAAUAAAAGGGGAAAUACAAUGCAAGAAAGGAAAAAUAAAAAGCGUACACAAAGAAAAAUUAAAACAAAAAAAAAAACAUAAACUAAGCCCAAGGAAAAUUCUUGGACUGAGAUCUAGUUCUCAUGCUAUGACGCCGUUUAUUCUUCUGAGUUUUCCUGUAAAUUUUGAGUUGUGUAUUCAGGUUCUCAGUUGGCAGGCUGUUAUCCUGAGUGAUGAACUGGGAUUUAUAGCAAAUCUGUCUAUUGAAAUCAGAAUUCUGAAUAUCUUCCUGCGUGGAGAUGGGAAUUCGGCGGUCGCUUUCGGUUGCGUGCCCUAGGAAAUCGUCUGAGAAAAAAGAGUCAUCUGAUGGAUCAAAGCUAUCAGAGGCAUCUGAGUAAGCUUGAAGCAGUGAAUGUUUUUGUUUAGGGUUUUCCACAGAAUGAGUCUCUUGAAACGUGACACCAGCUCCCAGAAUAUCUAAAUUAAGGAUCUCUUUAGAAAUAGAAAGGCCAACUUCAUUGCCUGUCAUAUGCCGGGGAGCUAAAAUCAUCGGGUCCUCCUGCACACUAAGCCCCACAAAAUUAGAGAAAAUAUUUAGAAAGGCAUUCAAUCCUUUUUGUUGUUGACCAAUGGGAAUUAGGAUGGAGCUCCCCUUUGCCUUGGUAAUUUUCACAAAAUUACCAGCUCUGCUGAAUUCCGGAGAGACUGUAAUAGGCCCGAAUCUGCUUUGAUGCCUAAGUUUAAAGUCAGCAUAAGAGAGAUACUGGAUGAUUUGGGUAGCUGUAUCGAAAUUUAAAGCGAUUUUUUUAAGCAAGGAGUUUCGAAUUUCGAAAAUGGUGACAACGUUGUUUUUUACUGCAAAUUUGAAUUGUUUUGAUUCAAUUUGGAUUGAGUCAAAACCUUCUUCGCCAAAGAAAAUGAACUUUUCUGAAUCCUCAUUUGCUGAAUCCUCAUAUGGGGUAAUUGCCGUCACGGUCUGAAUGCUUCCGGUGAGUAAAUGGUUUUUGUUGACCAAGGAAGAGUCUGCCAUGUCCUUUUGGAUAUGGGUCAGACUGGAGGAGGGUAUUUUGUCUGUGUCUACCUUGAGGAGGUCUGCCCAUGUGAAGACUGUAGCAUUAUUUUCCUCUUGCAGCUGUACUGGUUGGGUCCCUACCGAAGAUACCCGUUUAUCGGCCCCAGGGAUAGCCGUGUCCACCAUUUUCCCAUUCAAGAAUUCCGGUCGGACCAUCGAGCCAUGACUCCCGGAUCUGAUUACCUUCGAAUUCGUAGGGGAGAUGAUUUCUUGAUGUGUUUCGAAGUUGAUUUCCGUCGUCCUCAGGCGAGCUCUAGGAAAUCGGUUUAAACGGUUUCCUUUUCCUCUAUUUCUUUGAGGAUGACCGAAGUGGGGGGUAGGGUAGGGCUCAAUCGCUGUGUUGAGGGGUUCAUCGGCCAUAUCUGUAAGCGAGAUGUAGCGAUUGUUAUGGGCCAACGACCGAUUGUUUUCAGCGAUGAUAGUUGAAUGUUUCGAGGUUUGGUGGUUGAAGUGGGGAGAAGGGCGCCGUCUGUUGUAGACUGUGCGCCAAGCUCCGUCGCUAUCCCUUAUGGAGACUCGGUAGGCGUCAUUAGACUUGAGUCGGUGGUGAGUGUGACGAUGAUUGGUGUGUGCCCGGUUCCUCGCCGACCGUACCCUAGGCGGUGGCUUUCUAGGCCCUUCGUGCCUGUGAAGGUGUCGCUUGUUGUUAUGCUUGGUGAAGCUCUUCUCUACUGGAGUAAAAAAUCUGGGUGUGUAGCUUCGUUCUAGAGGGUAUUGAAAUUCCCAGUACGGGAGUGGUUGAAAAACCUGGGGGCUAAGAUACCCAUUUUGAUAGCCAUGGUAAGGGAGGUAUGUGCAUUGGUGGUGCCUGCAAGAGCAGUGAUGUUCGAAAUAGGUGUUUUUGUUCCGCCGGUAGGGGUGGCGGAACUCGGCGUACAUAUCUUAAAAGUUACCUGCCGGAUUGGUAGUGAGGGAUGAGAGUUUCUCUCUCAUCGCUUCCUCAUUUCUCCUACACCUUUAAUUGGUAUUUUAUGUCCAUUUGCAAUCAUCUGUUAGUACAUGGGCCUAUUUGCAUCUAUUCCCAGAGAGAUAUUGAGGGUACUUUUCCUGAUGAGAGACUUUUUAGGAUCGUUGAUGAGGUGCCUUGGUUUUCUGACAUCGCCAACUAUCUUGUUGGGGGUGUUGUUCCUUCUGAUUAUACACCUCAUCAACGAAGGAAAUUUUUUGCUGAUCUGAAGUAUUAUUUCUGGGAGGAACCAUAUUUGUUUCGUAUUUGUGCUGAUCAGGUUGUUAGAAGAUGUGUUCCCUUGAGUGAAGGAGUUGAGAUUCUCAAACAUUGUCACUCCGGACCGACUGGGGGACACUAUUCUUUUAACCGGACAGCUCGUAAGGUGUUGGAAUGUGGUUUCUUCUGGCACACGUUGUUUAAAGAUGCUCUAACGUUUGUGCAGGAAUGUGACAGGUGUCAACGCACCGGGCCGGUUACCAAGAGGGAUGAGAUGCCCCAAAAUUUCAUAUUGGCUUGUGAGGUAUUUGAUGUUUGGGGCAUUGACUUCAUGGGGCCGUUCCCGGGUUCUAAAGGUAAUAAAUUCAUUCUGGUUGCUGUGGAUUAUGUCUCUAAGUGGGUUGAGGCUGAAGCUCUGCCCACUAACGAUGCUAGAGUUGUGAUUCGUUUUCUGAAGAAAUUGUUUUCUAGGUUUGGAGUGCCACGAGUUUUGAUAAGUGACAGGGGAACCCACUUUAGGAAUGAUCCGAUGACUCGCCUUCUGGCAAAAUACAGGGUCACUCAUAAAGGGGGCGUCCCUUAUCACCCUCAAACUAGUGGCCAAGUGGAGAACUCGAAUAGGGACAUUAAGACCAUCCUUGAGAAGACUGUUGAGACCCAUAGGAAGGAUUGGUCUGAUAAGCUUGAUGAUGCGCUGUGGGCACUGCGUACAGCGUAUAAGACACCCAUUGGCACUACUCCGUUUCACUUGGUUUAUGGGAAGGCGUGCCACCUUCCGGUAGAGAUAGAGCAUAAGGCAUACUGGGCCUUGAAAACACUGAAUAAGGAUUUGUCUUUGGCGGGUCGUGAGCGACUUUGGAAGCUCAACGAGUUGGAUGAGUGGAGGCUUAUCGCCUAUGAGAACUCUAAGAUUAGUAAGGAGCGUACCAAAGCCUAUCAUGAUCGGCACAUUAAGCAAGGAAAAGAGUUUCGUAAGGGGGAUCAAGUUCUGCUAUUCAAUCCCCGAAUGAAGAUUUUUAAAGGAAAAUUGAAGUCUAGGUGGUCCGGUCCUUUUGUAGUGAGCGAAGUUUUUCCGUAUGGAACUGUUGAGAUUGAUCAUCCUGAGAAGGGCCGUUUUAAAGUUAACGGCCAUCACCUGAAGAAAUACUACGGAGGACCGCUAGAACGCGAGCGUGAGGUGACCUUUGUCACGAAUUUGGAGAGAUGAAUGUGUAGAUGCGUCGGGCAAACGACGUUAAAAAUAGCGCUUCUCGGGAGGCAACCCGAGCUUAAUUUUUGCUUCAUUAGUUUAGUUUUGUUGCUUUUCAAAAAACCCACAAAAACCCAAAAAAAAAAAAUAAUAUUUCGAUUUUUGCCAGGCACGAUCGUGCCUGCAAAGGGGAAAACACGCGAGGCCACUGCCAGCCAGGCACGAUCGUGUCUGGCUGGAGGCACGAUCGUGCCUGGGACGCGAGAGGAGCGUGCCCACUGCCUGCCAGACACGAUCGUGUCUGGCCUAGGCACGAUCGUGCUUGGGCGAUUUGACCGAAAUACCCCCGCGACUUAAACAAACCCCAACCCCUUCCCCCCCUCUCUCAACGCGACCAACGAAGCAGCCCCCCAAUCGUUCUUCUCCCUCGACGUUACCUAGGCCACCCGCGACCCACCACCACCGUCGCACCACACCGACGACCGCCGCGAACCCAGACCACCGGCCCUCUGCCCUUCUCUCUCUUCUCUUCACUCAAGAUGGCGCCAAGGCAGAAGCACACUAGAGGUGGAGGUGCCGGCUCUAGCCGAGGCAACACCGGCCGGUACCAGCCGAGGUUCCCGCAACUGCAGGACGAACUGAAGCAUACGGAGCUGCUGCAAAAGCCUAUGGGCACAUUUUACUUUCCGGAUGAGGACUCUCUCACGGCAGCAGGAGUGAGAGAUGAAGUGAUGUUCUUAUUGAGACGAGGGUGGUGGAGACACCUGUUUUUUGGGAUCCGUGAUAUGACAUAUAGAGAGAUUACUUGUGAGGUGCUGGCAACGUUUAAGAUGCCGAAGACCAUUUCUAUUGAUGACAACACCCGGCCUCUCAUCCGAUUCAGAGCUUUUGAGGAGGACCACGCCAUCACCAUGGGUGCUUUGGAGUAUUACUUGGGCUUCACAGGGGCCGAGGAUAACGGCCAGCACGAGGUCCCCUUCACAGAUUUCCCACCCGGCGUUGACCGCCAGGCAUUCUGGGAGUCGAUCACGAGAGAUGGCGGGACUUACAGACCGAAGAUGUUCCCUAGCACCCUACUCUACCCCCGCCAGUACCGCAUUAUUCACGCCCUCCUUUCUUCUACCAUCACCGGCAAGGCCGAGGUUGCUGGUAAGGUCACUCAGACUGACCUCUUCUGUUUGUACUGUAUGAUCCACAACCGCAGGCUCCACAUGGGCUAUCUCCUUGCCAAGCUCUUUCACCGUCAGGCCACAAACCAUAUCAAGGCCAUAUUUGCUGGUCCAUUCAUUACGAGGAUGUUGACGAGGAUGGGGUUCGGGGACCGAUUUCUGAGGAUGGAGGAGAGCUCCAGUUUUGUUGCUUUGACCCGGCUCCCCGAGGUCAACACUGGCGUGGCGAGGAGGAGGACACAGCCGGCAGCACCAGCAGGAGGAGGAGGACAACGAACUGAUGAUGAUGAUGAUGAUGAUGACGUUGAUGAUGAUGAUGAGGUAGAGAUGGAGGCUGCUGCUCACAAGGUUCCAUACGAUGCACCCCCCUACGGCACAGCUUUUCCGGAUUCUUGGGCGGGGAUGCAUGCGCACCAGGAUGCUGUGUAUCGGCAGCUGUCCGCGGAGCAGCACGAGAGAUUUGAUCAGAUGCGCUUCGAGCAGCAGGACUUCUACAGAGAGAUGAGGGAGGACCAGACACUCCAUUAUUCACAGCUCCAGUCUCAGUACACCCGGAUUGAUGAGAGACUCACUUCCAUGGAGACUAGCUGGAGUUCGUUCUUUGACGCAUAUCCACCGCCACCCCCUCCCGAGUAUUAGAUGUUAUUUAGACUGUCCUCUGCUAGCAUCUGUAUCAUUAUACUUUUGGAUGACUGUACCGUAAACACUAUCACACUCACACUCUCACUCUUACACUUAACGCUUUUUAUUAUGCUUUGCUUUGCUUUGGG